CGCGCCGGAGCAGCGGCUCGAGCACCAGCACCAGCAGGCGCGGGUCCGCGCCGGAGCAGCGGCUCGAGCGCGAGCACCAGCAGCCGCGGGUCCGCGCCGGAGCAGCGGCUCGAGCGCGAGUACCAGCAGCCGCGGGUCCGCGCCGGAGCAGCGGCUCGAGCGCGAGCAUCAGCAGCCGCGGGUCCGCGCCGGAGCAGCGGCUCGAGCGCGAGCAUCAGCAGCCGCGGGUCCGCGCCGGAGCAGCGGCUCGAGCGCGAGCAUCAGCAGCCGCGGGUCCGCGCCGGAGUAGCGGCUCGAACGCGAGCAUCAGCAGCCACGGGUCCGCGCCGGAAUCGCGGUGGCGGAGCGAGCGAGAGCAGCCCCGGUCCGCGCGGGAGCCGCGGCGCGGACGGCAACCCUCCUGAAUUCAUGAGGUAAAGUCGGACUGGCUUUGCCGGGAAAUUCAUCUUCGUGAAAUAAAAUGAUCACAAAAGACCGCAAGAGAACCGGUGAAGAGCGCAUAUUCUCACGUGAUGGCCACCCGGGCAUACAAUAAGGUUUUUGUGUUUUACACUUAUGGUUGGCUGUGAGAAAGAAGACUGUGGGAUGCCAAAAUGAUUUUACAAUGCAAAAUAAGAUGGUACAAACGCUGCAUCUGUAAGAGUUGCAAUGAAAGCCUUGCUGAAAUGACAAAAAGAAUACAUGGAAGCUGAAAACGGUGCCUAGCUGAACAGUUAAAUUAUCAAAUAUGCGUAUCAGCAUGAGAAGGAUUGUUCUGCUCAUCUGCUGUGCUAUUGCUACAAUAAUGGUCUUUCAUAUGGGCCAGCACAUGUGGGAAUGCCAGCAAAUACUAAAUGAGAAUGGAGGAUGGUUUCAUGGCAGACGAACACAUAGCAUGAUGAAACCUGAAAAGGAUGAAUUUGUCAUGUAUAAUUCAAACCACAUUGAAUACCGCUACAGUAAAAACAUGCCCCUAAUCUUCAUAGGUGGAGUGCCACGAAGUGGAACAACAUUAAUGCGAGCCAUGAUGGAUGCACAUCCAGACAUCCGCUGUGGUGAAGAAACACGGAUCAUCCCACGUGUGCUGGCCAUGCGUCAGGUGUGGUCUAAAUCAGAACGUGAAAAGAUGCGCUUGAAUGAAGCAGGAGUGACGGACCAGGUCCUGGACUCGGCAUUGCAAGCAUUUAUAUUAGAAGUAAUUGCAAAACAUGGUGAACCUGCAAAAUACUUAUGCAAUAAAGAUCCCUUCACCUUAAAGUCUUUAAAUUAUCUGUCCAGACUGUUCUCGAAAUCUAAAUUUAUACUGAUGAUCCGAGAUGGACGAGCAUCUGUGCACUCAAUGAUUACAAGGAAAGUGACGAUUGCUGGAUUUGACCUCAGUAGCUACAGAGAUUGUAUAAUCAAAUGGAACAAGGCUAUUGAAAUUAUGUAUGGCCAGUGUGUGGAGGUGGGGCCCUCCCGGUGUCUCUCAGUUUAUUAUGAACAGUUGGUAUUGCAUCCUAAAAAGACUAUGGAGAAGAUCAUGACAUUUUUGGAUAUUCCAUGGAGUGAUGCUGUUCUGCAUCAUGAAGAAUUAAUAGGAAAAGCAGGAGGUGUCUCACUUUCAAAAAUAGAGAGAUCCACCGACCAAGUUAUCAAGCCAGUUAAUCUUGAGGCUUUGGCCAAGUGGGUGGGACACAUUCCUGAUGGUGUGGUUGAGGAUAUGGCAAGGAUAGCACCAAUGUUGGCCAAACUAGGCUAUGAUCCCAAUGCCAAUCCACCAAAUUAUGGAAAUCCUGAUGCACUAGUAAUUAAUAACACCAAAAGGAUUUUGCAGGGUGACUUUAAAACACCUGCCAAUUUGAAAGGACCUUCUCUGGUAAAAAAUGCUUCAAUGACUGGAUCUCAGUAACAAUGCAGUAAAGACAGGGACACCAGAUUAACUCACAGACAAAACAGAAAAUGAAGAAACAACUGAAAACAACUUAGAUUGAAAGCAACAAAAUCUGCUGAUACAACCUUGCAUUCAUGCUGUGGUGUGUUUGAUGGAUAACAUAAAUCUGUGACAAUCGUAUUUGAAUCUUGACAUUUUGUGAAGGAAGUUACUUUAAUGAUACUUUCUUCCCCAAAGCUAACCAUACUUAAUGUUUCCAAGGCGAAGUCAUUAGUGCAAUGAUUUUCUGUGCAUUUUCAGAUUGUAAGUAAUGUUAUAUCACAAGUCUCCUGUGUGAUUGUUUUGUUUUUAAUUUGGUCAUGUUCUGUCCAGUGUGCAUUUAUUGAUUAUAAUGCCUUGAGCAGUACUUUAAGCUGCUGUGUCAUUUCCAAUCGCCACUAUGACAAUCAAGAAUGUAUAAUCCUUAAGGCUUUUUCCUACUAAGUAUGUUUAAUAUUGGAUACCAGAGGCUGUAUUUGAUGAAAUAUUGCUGUUCUAUCACAUUAAAACCUACAGCUUACCUAGAGGAUAUUCACUGUGUCAAAAAUAUUCAAGCAAAAGGUUAAAAAAAAUAACAACUUACAUUUAACAAGCAUACGCUAACUUCAGUUUGUCUUAAGCUCGAACAAAGUCUUUUUUUAAAUUCUUUUUAGAACCAUAGAACAGUACAGCACAAUACAGGCCCUUCGGCCCUCCAUGUUGUGCUGACCUUUAAACCUCGCCUAAGACUAUCUAACCCCUUCCUCCCACAUAUCCCCCUAUUUUAAAUUCCUCCAUACGCUUAUCUAACAAUCUCUUGAAUUUGACCAACGUACCUGCCUCCACCACCACCCCAGGCAGCGCAUUCCAUGCCCCAACCACUCUCUGGGUAAAAAAACCUCCCUCUGAUUUCUCCCUUGAACUUCCCACCCAUUACUUUAAAGCCAUGCCCUCUUGUAUUGAGCAUUGGUGUCCUGGGAAAGAGGCGCUGGCUGUCUACUAUCUAUUCCUCUUAAUAUUUUGUAUACCUCUAUCAUGUCUCCCCUCAUCCUCCUUCUCUCCAAUGAGUAAAGCCCUAUCUCCCUUAGUCUUUCUUCAUAAUCCAUACUCUCCAAACCAGGCAGCAUCCUGGUAAAUCUCCUCUGCACCCUUUCCAACGCUUCCACAUCCUUCCUAUAAUGAGGUGACCAGAAUUGGACACAGUACUCUAAAUGUGAUCUAACCAAAGUUUUGUAGAGCUGCAUCAUUACCUCGCGGCUCUUAAACUCGAUCCCAUGACUUAUGAAAGCUAACAUCCCAUAAGCUUUCUUAACUACCCUAUCCACCUGUGAAGCAACUUUCAGUGAUCUGUGGAUAUGAACCCCCAGAUCCCUCUGUUCCUCCACACUACCCAGUAUCCUGCCAUUAACCUUGUACUCUGCCUUGGAGUUUGUCCUUCCAAAGUGUACCACCUCACACUUCUCUGGAUUGAACUCCAUCUGCCACUUCUCAGCCCAGCUCUGCAUCCUAUUAAUAUCCUUCUGCAAUCUUCUACAGUCCUCCACACUAUCCACAACACCACCAACCUUUGUGUCAUCUGCAAACUUGCUAACCCACCCUUCUACCCCUUCAUCCAAGACAUUAAUAAAUAUCACGAAAAGUAGAGGUCCCAGAACCAAUCCUUAUGGGACACCGCUAGUCACAGCCCUCCAAUCCGAAUGCACUCCCUCCACCACAACCCUCUGUUUUCAACAGGCAAACCAAUUUUGAAUCCACACGGCCAAGCUUCCCUGGAUCCCAUGCCCUCUGACCUUCUGAAAAAGCCUACCAUGUGGAACCUUGUCAAACGCCUUAGUAAAAUCCAUGCAGACCACAUCCACUGCACUACCCUCAUCAAUCUGCCUGGUCACCUCCUCAAAGAAUCCUAUCAGGCUUGUGAGACAGUGUUCUAAGUGGCUUCUGUAUAGAUUCUUCUCCCUUUUUGUGAUUUCUUCUUUUUGAGUAAGUUAUCUGGUGGAUAAUGCUGCCCCACCUGAAAUUCCUAACAAUUUUGCGAAGAGCUCCCAAAUUAUAAAUCUCAGUAAGAAUCUGAGCUGAAUUGGACUCAUCUGCAUUCAUUGAAAUUCAGGUUAUGACAGCAAAUAUUUUUUUUUACCUCGAGCUUUUAAGCAAUAGAGUUGAUGGAGGCCAGUUUCCUUAAUAUUAUAUAUGUUUUCAAUGAAGAAACAAUGUAGAGUAGGAGUAGGCAUUCAGUCCUUUGACCCUGUAUCGUUAAGUAGUCCAGGUGUGAUCUCAUCAAGACCCUGUAUAAUUUUAAAAGUGCCAUGUGACAGAGGAUAUAACAGAUUUUGAUACAAUAUUCUCAGAAAUAAUUUUGUACUAAACUUCAAAGUCACUUAUGCCAUAUAACUUGGACUCUAAAAGCAAACAGGUCAAGAUUAAAAGUAAUCCUGCAAAGGCGAUUUCUUCAAUAUUCAAUAGUUCUAAUUUCCUUAAUUUUCCUCAUCGGACGUUCAGUUUGCAAAAUAGAUUAACUUUCUGGGAUUAUGUUACACAUAAAUUGACUGUCAAAUUUGUCCCAAGGACAGAAUCUGCAUUUUAAGCUAAUUAAACAUGUAUAAAGCAUUUUCCAGUGCAUCUGAGAAAUACAAACUGUUAAACUCACAUGUUUUUAUAUAUCAAAAGAAAAUGACUCAUCCUGAUCCAUAUAUCGAUAAGCUUUCUGUUCUGAUAUCAGCAUUAUAAAUUAAUUCUGCAUUUUACUUCAGUGCUUUAUUCUUUUUUUAUACAGGAUGGAGACCCUAAACUGUACUGCAUACGUGAAUGGAGCUUGACCAGGUUCCAAGCAUAGCUUGACAGCUGCAAAAUUCUGUACUCCUACCAAUAAAUCCUAGUGCUUUUUGGUAUUUUCAGUUCCUUUGCUGGCCUUAUGCUAUUUUUAAUGGCAUUUUACCUUUGAUUUUGCAUCUGUUUGGUCAUCUACAACUAUUCCCCCCCCCACACCCACCCAAACCCCAUUCUUCUUCUAUUUUAUGAGGUUAGAGCAAUGUUUCUAUUUUUCCCAAAGAGUACAACACCUCACAUCGAUCUGUGUAUAGUUCAUUUGGCCUCCAACUACUCAAUCCAUGUCUGAGUUUUUUUUUGAAAGCUUCCUAAUGUUUUAACUAAACCAUCACCUUUGUUAACAGGUCCUUUGUUCGAAUCAUUCUGAAGUUCUUGCAAUAAGUUAUACUCUUAGUAUUAGCUUUAUCCCUUGGUUUGAUACAAUAUUUGUAUGGUUCUACAAAUAGUCCCAAAUACAAAUCAUUGGUAUAAAUUAUGAUUAACCGUGGUUCAAUUAUUUGAUCAGUCGCCUUUCUCCAUUUUUGAAUGGCUAUUACUUAUCCCAACUCUCUAAUUCUCUGAUUUCCACAUUUUAAUUUGCUGUCCAUUUACUUGAAUUCACGUGCUCUAUCCUUUUUUAUGAGCCUUCUGAAUGUUACAUUAUCAAAUGUUCUUUGUUUCUUCCUUCUUGCAAGCCACUGAAAGGUAUUGAAGAAUCACAGUGCAGAUGCGUGAAAUCUGAAAUAAAAACAGUGCUGGAAAUAUUCAGCAGGUUAGGAAGUAUCUGUUGAGAGAGAGAGAGAGAGACAAUGUUAACCUUUUAAAAUGUUAAUUCUCUUUCUCUCUAUAAAGCUGUCUGAUUUGCUGAUACUUAAAUCUUUUAUGUAGUUUAAAUUUAUAAUUGCAAGAUAUAAUCAAAAAAAAGUAACAUCCUUCUGGUCUGCCCCUUCAAGUCAAAUGGAGUAAAAACUGCCAAUUCAAAACUAGUUUUCCUGUUGCUUCAGUCACUGAAUUAAAUUUGUUACUAAUUAUUAGGUGAGACUUGUCUCGAAUGUUUACUAAAUCCCUGAAAUGUUUAACUGUCCUUUUUUUUCCUUUUUCCUUUGUCCAUCCUAUUUGUAAAAAUAUUAUCAUUUUGAUGCUGCAACAGGUUGUACACUGGCCUUUCAUCUGUGGAAUCUUGACUUUUCGUCCAGCUGGACAGAUAGGAUGAAAGUUUCUCUUUCAAGUUGCACUGGAGUAAAUUUGUUUGGUAGCCUUGAGGCAAAUUUUGGUGGACAGGAGUCUGCAGUACAAAGCUUUACUGAAUUGGUUUUAAAUGCCACUCUUGCUAAGGACACAGGAUUGCUACCUAGGUAAAACAUGAAGUGCUCUUUUAAAGUUCAUGCCGAGACACAUUGUUCAGGUGGACGAGAAGGAAUGUUGUUCUCCAUUUAAUUAUGUGAUUUGGAAUGCUUGAUUUUAAUCUUGGUUAUGUAAAAGAGAUUUGCCUAAAAAUUGUAUUGUGUAUGACUGUUUAUUAGCACCACACGAUUGAAAUUUUGUUAUGUUUAAAUUGCAAACACGUAGAUAAACUCCACUAAUCGAAAUCCAGGCUUCAAUGUACUCUGGCACACAUAAAGCAUACAGAACACGUGGAGUGACAUCAUCCAUGGAACAAAGCUCGUUUGUAGUACUGGCAGCUGAAAUUGGGUCACAUUUUUUCCAUUUGGAAAAAUUAUUGCCUACUCUCAGGGAAAUGUUUAUUCAUUGUGCUCCAUGUAUUGCAACUUUGCUAUUUAAGAGGCUACUCACUCAUUUGUACUUUGUUUCAGUGAAGUGUGGAGGCUAUGGCAAGUUAUUAGACUGAUGGUGGAUGAGAUAUACAAUCGUUACUCCACAUGUUUCCUAUUUGACAUAAAUGAUUUUGUGGUGUUACUGCUGUGUUGGGUGUACAAGUUGGAGCUAUGGGACAGUCAAGCUGGACAGGACACCUACCUGGAAAUCCCAAGCAAGGAGGAAAAGAAGACCCUGUCCCCAAUGAAUGGUCAGGGAACCUCAUAUCUCUUUCACUUCUCUAAGAAAUGAUGCAGAGGCUCAGGUUUUCCACGUCAAUUGUGACAUGUCCGUGUCAACCUGAGAAUGGAGCUCCAUCCAUGCACCUGUGUAUGGACUACUCUCUCCACAAAUAUUAAGGUCAUUGUCAACUUGAAUUUCCGAGAUUCCAGACCAUUCUGGGUAGCAGCUGCUGAUUUACCCAUAUGUCCAUGUGUCCUAUAUACUAGAGCAUCAGAGAGGUCACAACAGUACUUGAGGUAAAGGAAGUUCUUGAAUUGCAAAAGCAUGCAGAUUUGUAGGAAUUAUAGCAUUCCUGAAGGUGUUGAGAGUGAUGAAGUCCACUUGCAUCAGAAUUUGUUAUAGCAUGGGUGGUGGUUCUCUAGAAUUUUCUGCGCCAGAGGGUUGUGUAGGCUAGAUUAUUGGAGCUAUUUAAUGAGAUAAAUUUUUGAAAGAUCGAAAAAUUGAGGACUAUGGGAACUGGCACAGCUGAGGCAUGGGGCAGAUCAGCCAUGUUGAUAGUGAGUGUCAGGGAAGACUUGAAAGAUCAGAUAGUUUACUAUUUUCAUGUGUGUCAAAUAAGGCUACACUUGGAAAGAAUGCAGCUCUGCAUGAGGGAUGAGGGCUACCACUCCCUGAUGCAACUCACUUUUUAUCAGGAGAAAACUUCUCAAGGUAAAUGCUAUGUAAAUGGGAAAGGGUCAAAGUCUCAGGGUAAUAGAUUUCGUCUUGAAAGUGGCAGUGGAUCUUUGGAAUUUUCUUCCCAAGGGGGCAUUGGGGGUUCAGUUGCAGAAUAUAUUCAAGACCAAGAUGGAUAGAUUUUUAGCUAUCAAGGAAUAUGAAGUUCAUGCAGCAGAGUGGUCCUGAAGUAGAGUUAGCUGUGAUCUUAUUGAAUGAUACGUCAGGGCCCAAAUGGUCUACUUCUUAUGCUCUUCGUGUCCUUCCUUGGACUCUAACUGGUGUCUAAGUAUAGCUUGGUGGAAGCUCAACGCCUUUUGCUAAUUGCUAUGGAAUUGCCAGAAGCUUCUGGAGAAAACUGCUUUGGUACUUGAUGCGAUUCCAGUGGCUAAACCCUUCUGGAUGCCCUGCAGUACCCUGGUUUUCAUAAAGUCUGAACCUAAUAAAAUUUGACCGUGCAUCUGCAAGAAAACUUGCUUAACCAUGCAACAACUCCAUUUUGUUAUUGAGGGCAGGAGUCCACUGAAAAAAAGUUACCACUGUGAUGUGUUUGUUCUUGAACAUGUACAA